CCCUCGUCGUACAAACAACACCCACGAGCGCCGACGCUCCAUUUCCAUCCUUCGCAAUCGCCGACGAUGGGAGGUCCAUACUCCGGCGCCGUCUCCGGCCGCCGGGACCGCUACCACGGCGAGGACGGCCGCCGCCGCCACAGCCCCGAAUCGGAUCGCCCCGCCGAGUACCGCCGCCGCCGCAGCCCCUCAUACGAGUCCUUCGACCGCCGCGACGACCGCCGCGGCCGCGAGCCCGAUCGCCGCGACCGCCGUGGCCGCAGCCCCAGCCUCAGCCCCUCGUACGACGAUCGCUACGACGACCGCCGCGACGGCUCGGGCCAGCGGCGCCGACGGGGUUCGCCCCGCGCCUCGGACUCCAGGAGGAGCCCUAGGGCAGACGGAGCCCUAGAUUCGUUGCCCAGGCAAUUCGGGAAGAAGCGGCCUUACCUCGAUCGCGAUUAUCGGGGCAACGGUAGGUUCUCGGAGUCGGACUCCGAUGAGGAGCUGAAGGGGCUGAGUACGGAGGAGUACAGGAGGCUGAAGAGGCAGAAGAUGAGGAAAGCCAUGAAGUUCUGUAUCUGGAAUUGCACCCCGAGCCCACCGCGGUACGAGGGGGAUGAAAUGGAGGAGAAAGCGGAGGAGAUUGAUGAGAAGUACGGGGAAGAUUUGGAGAAGAGCGACUCGAGCGGGAAAGAGGAUGGAAAAGCGAAGGGGAAAGGAAAAUCUAAGUCCGAUAGCGAGGAGUCGAGCGACAGUGGGGCGGACAGCGAGUCGGAGCCGAGUGCUUCUGGUUCGAGGAAGAAGAAGAGGAGUUCAAGUUCUAAGCGCAGGAGCAGGGAAUUGUCUGGAACUGAGAGCGAAUCUGAGAGCGAGAGGGAGAGUGAGUCUGAUGAUCCUGCAUCGAAGAAGAAGAAGAAGGGUAAGAGUUCGUCUUCGAAAGGGAAGAGUGGGAAAGUGCGUGAUACCGAGAAUGAAUUGGAGAGCCAAAGUGAAUCGGAGGAUUCCUCUUCGAGGAGGAGGAAGAGGAGGUCGAGUUCUAAAAGGAGGAGCAAGAGAGAGCGUGAUAGCGAGAGUGGAUCGGAGGUUGAGAGCGAGAAAGAAUCAGAUGAGGAAGAGGAUCGAAAAGGGAAGAAAAGAUCCAGGAAACGGUCUAGUAGGCGGACAAGGAGUGAAAGAAGUAGCAGGCGACGAAGCAGUAGGAAAAGCAAGAGGAGAUAUAGUGAAUCUGAUGAUAGCGAGGGUGAAGAUAGCAAGCUGAGGAUUCUGAUGUCAACAAAGAAGGACACGGGCUCAUCAAGAUUGGGCAAGAAAAGUCACAGUCGGAGUAAGAGUGGUCUUGAGGAUGAUAGCGAUGUUUCGAAUUCGAGCGAGAGACCACAAUCUGAGCCUGAUCUGAAUGGUUUAGACAGUGAGGUCAAGGCUGAGAUCGAUGCAGAAGCACUCAUGUUCAAGGAGAUGAUCGAGUCCCAGAAGAAGCCAGCCUUGGAUAACGAGCCAGUGGUUGGUCCCAUGCCGCUGCCAAGAGCUGAGGGGCACAUUAGUUAUGGUGGGGCUCUUAGGCCUGGUGAAGGUGAUGCUAUUGCGCAGUAUGUUCAGCAAGGGAAGCGUAUCCCGCGGAGAGGUGAAGUCGGUCUUUCUGCAGAGGAGAUUCAGAAGUUUGAGGGUCUUGGGUAUGUGAUGAGUGGUAGCAGGCAUCAGAGGAUGAAUGCCAUCCGUAUUAGGAAAGAAAACCAGGUUUAUAGUGCUGAGGACAAGCGUGCUUUGGCCAUGUUCAACUAUGAAGAGAAGGCGAAGCGUGAGCAUAAGGUCAUGGCUGAUUUGCAGCGGUUGGUGCAGCGUCAUAUUGGGCAGGAUAUUGGCCCUACUCAUGAUCCUUUUGCUGGAAAAGCUGCUGAUGGUCCUGAGGCUUGAUAAACAUGGAUCGGUGAUUCUAUGACAGGGCUUCCUUGACGACGGUGAUGCUGCUAAGAUCCGUGCCUUGUCUUAUGAAGCUGUUCUCACUCUUCGUGAUAGCGUGUAUAUCUCGACGGGAAUGUUCAAGCAUUGAGCAGCAGCGUACAUCAUACGGAAACUGUCUGCUUCACUAGAUUGUCAUAAUAUAUUUCUUUUGGCUAGUUCUUGUUUUUGGCUAGUAUGGAAGGAAAUAAUCAACCAACGUGUAAGCCCACCGUCUCCGACUAUUUUGUGUCCUUAGCCCGUUCCUCCUGUAUUUGCUGCAACAGCUAUUUAGCUUUGCGAGUGACGUGAUAUUUUUCAUGCUACAGUUCAGCAGUCGGCAACAAUAUUUGAUGUCCCCUUCCCUUUUA